AUGCCCGGCAAAACCACUGAAGCGCCCCGGAUCACCAAGUUCACCAACUGCCGUCUCGUGCGAGGCUCUAGUCUGGUCGAACAGGAUCUCUGGAUCGACUCUCUGACUGGCAAAAUCCUCAAAGACCAGGAAGCCUUUUAUGAGCUGCAUCUGUCCCCCGAUGAGAUCAUUGAUCUCGGCGGCCGCAUCGUCGCCCCUGGUCUGAUCGACCUCCAACUCAACGGCGCGCAAGGUUUCGACUUCUCCGUGCCGUGCGACACCAAAGAGGAGUAUGAUGAGGGCCUGCGCAUGGUCAACAUUGGCCUGGCCCGCACAGGUGUUACCUCAUACUUGCCCACCCUAGUCAGCUCGACCCCGGAGGUUUACUGGAAGGUGCUUCCCUCGCUGGGUCCCUCCGGUGCCACACACCGUGCCCAAGAUGGCGCCGAAUCUCUUGGUGCGCACGCCGAAGGCCCCUUCAUCAACCCCAACCGUAACGGCAUCCACAAGCCUGAGGUCCUACGUUCAGCCCAGAACUUUGACGAUCUGCUGCAUUGCUAUGGUGCCGACAACCUCGGUGCCAACAGCCCCAUCAAGAUGAUCACCGCCGCCCCCGAGGUCGGAAACAUGAUGGCGCAGAUCCCCCAGAUCGCCAAGAGCGGCAUCAUCUACUCCAUCGGCCACUCUGAUGCCACCUACGAACAGGCUGUCUCUGCCACCCACCAGGGCGCCCGCAUGAUCACCCACCUCUUCAACGCCAUGCGGCCCUUCUACCACCGCAACCCAGGCGUGUUUGGCCUGCUCGGUCAGAGCGAGCGCCGUCGCCCUUACUACGGCGUCAUCGCGGACGGCAUCCAUCUUCACCCCACCACCAUCAAGAUCGCCUACAACGCCCACCCGGACGGCCUGGUCCUUGUCACCGACGCGAUGCGUUUGUGUGGCCUGCCGGACGGCAUCUAUGAGUGGACUAACGGCGAGCGCAUCGUCAAGACCGGCGCCCGCUUGACCCUCGAGGGAUCGGACAAGAUUGCUGGAAGCUCCGCCACGCUCAUCGAAUGCGUGAACAACUUCCGCCGCUGGUCCGGCGCGUCCACGGCCGAUGCGAUCAAGGCUGUCACUGCGACUCCUGCCCGUCUGCUGGGUCUGGAAGGCGUCAAGGGGUGUCUGGACAGCGACGCCGAUGCCGACCUGGUCAUCCUGGGCGAGAAAAUUGACUCCUAUGCUGGACCUACUCUGACGGUUGAUCAGGUCUGGAAGUUCGGUGUUAAGAUUCAUGACGCAGACAAGAUUGCGGUCUAG